AAGAUAAAUUCAGAUUCGAAAUCAUAUGUUUGGCAUCUCAAAGUCGGAGUUACAAUCGUAUCAUUUGGCAUAGCUAGCCAGUCCUAAACGGUCUUUUCAGCGACGUUUCAAAUCUCUAAAUUUAAUAAACGCGCGAUUGUAGGGCAAUAGUUCAAUCGAUCCUUCAUUACUACCUUGUAAGAGCGCUUUGAGUACCUUCUUUGUUCUUCGGAGCCUUACGAGCAGAAGGAGAGAUGGCGACCAAAUGGGAGUUUGGUGAGUUUCUGGUGCUGCUGUGUCUGACCAUGUGUUAUGCCACAGGGGGCGGAUUAGUGUACUGUUUGGGGUUAAUGCAAGGAACAUGGAUUGCCAAGCUCAAUUUAACAACAUCUGAAGCAUCUGUCAUCAAUAGUGUAACAUUCGCUGUUACACUUUUACCUGCACCAGCUGUACAGUUUUUGCGUGAUUACUACAAUGUUCAACCUUACAUCGUGUUUUUGUCUGCAGCCACUUUUGUUUCUAUCGGGCUUUAUUUAACAAGCAUUGCUACCACAUUCCUCACAAUUCUGAUUUCGAAUGGAGUAGUUUUUUCGAUUGGAAUAGUGUUUUCAGUUACUGGGACGCUGACAACUGUCUAUCAUUACUUUCUGGACGAUAAAAUAACCCUAGUAUCGUCAUGUGUAUCAGCAGGAAUGGGCAUGGGGAUGGUUAUGGUGUCAAUGUCUUUCAAGUAUAUGGAGCCUGUUAUUGGGUGGCGCGGAUUCGUUCAGUUCGAACUGAUUUUUGUGAUCUCCUACGUUAUGGCCUUUUUAGUGUUUUUUCCUCCAAUCAGUCGCGUUCUCGGUGUGCGAACAAGAAAAAUGAAAGAACUCGAGCUUAAACAACUGAAUGCAGUGGAAACUGAAGGGCUGCUGGCCGAAAACAACAACCUAGAGAAUGAACAGAAAAUUGUAGUUGUGGAGAAGAAACAAAAGGAAGAUGGUUCACUGAGUAUCUCAAAUGACUCGUUGCCGAGUUUAAAUAACCAUGGUCAUGAUAUGGACUCAAUCUCACAGUCAGUCAAGGAUAAAGUUAAAAAGGCAAAAGAUAAUCUGCUAUUCAAUCCUCUCUUCCUGUUAUUGUUGUUUUCAUGGGUGUUCAAUGAGGCUACGUACAACGCAGUGAUGGUUCAUCAACCAGAGAGAGUGGUUAAAAUGGGAUACUCUCUGAUAAAUGGAGCCGACACGCUAGCAAUCAACGGUGCCGUUCAAAUCGUCGCCCGGUUCAGUGUUGGUUUAAUCGCCGAUCGCCAGCUGAUUUCGGUGAUACGGCUCAGCCAGUUGUCCAAGCUAACAUUAGGUGUUAUGGCUAUUGUCAGUACCUUCUUUCCAUUUCUGAUGUUCCAGACGUUUUUCAUGUUCCUGGUGGGAGCGUGUGGUGGAAUUGUGUCGACUACAGAUGUUAUCCUGAUUAAAGAUUGCGUAAAGCAUGGCCGUGAGCUGGGAAUUUCGAUUCUGUUGUUGAUGGAUGGACUGUCUUCAUUUAUAUCGAUAGCGUUGGCAGGUGUUCUCUAUUCGGUCUUCGAAAGCUACAACGCAGUUUUUAUUAUCUUGGGCGGAUCCAGCUUGGCUGCUUUUGUUUUGGUUCUGAUUUUGGACGUUCUUAUGAGAACCAAGUACCGAGAGCGGGAACACACAUACUCGAGGAUGUGAGAAAAAGACGUGGAAUUGUUUCUAUUUAAGUUGCCAUUUGCAUUAUUCAUUAACUCUCUUCAGCAUUUCUUCAUCUAAUAAAAUGAUGUAUAUCCUCAUUUUGAAAUGAAUUUAUUUUUUCAUUGUAA